AUGUCUCCCCCAGUGAAGGAAGUGUCCGUACAGCUACCAAAGAGGUUCGAUCGUCCCGAUGAGCCAUGGCACCGUUACCUCAACGUCGACGUCAUAUGGUACGUCCUCGGAUACACCAUAUUUCACCCAUUUGUAUCAUGGGUCGUGGUGUUGUGCCUCCGCGCGCAGUACACGCCGUAUGAGAACCCAGAAAUGCGCAUUGCCAUGGCCUGGGCUAUGCUCAUGACAGUCACUGGUCUCUUCGGCCUCAUCAGCGACCGGAUCGCGUGGGGAGCGCAUCGCGAGGUAGACCUGGAGGACGAAGUCAUUGUAGUAACAGGCGGAGCUGAAGGCCUAGGCGCACUACUGGCAGAGACAUAUGGCAUGCGAAGCGCAAACAUUGCUGUUCUGGAUACAAAGAAGGUGGACGAUGAAGUAGCAGAGAACACUGGAGUGCUGUACUACCAGUGUGAUGUGAGCGACCCGAAGCAAGUGGAGGCGGUUGCAGCAGAGAUCUGUGAAGAUCUUGGGACUCCGACGAUUCUCAUCAACAAUGCCGGCAUAAUGCACACCAAGUCGAUCCUCGAUUCGACUGCUGAAGAAGUGGAGCGCACCUUCCGAGUAAACACGCUGGCCCACUUCAACACCCUACGCACAUUCGUCCCGUACAUGCUGAAAGAAGGGCGUGGCACCAUUGUCACUGUUUCCUCCGUACUAGGCCACCUCGGUGCAGCCAACCUAUCCGCAUACACAGCCUCCAAGGCCGCGCUUCUUGCGCUACACCAGUCUCUGCGUGCCGAGCUUGCACAGAACCCUGACGCGAAGGAGAUCAAGACAAUUCUAGUUCAGCCAGGUCAGAUGGGUACAAAGAUGUUUGCGGGCCUGAAAACUCCAAGCAACUUCUUUGCGCCUGUCGUCACACCUGCUGAGAUUGGCAAGGAUAUCAUAAGACUGAUUGAGAGAGGCGAGAGCGGUGAAGUCUGUCUACCCCUCUACUCGAAAUAUAUUCAGAUACUUGGGGUAUUGCCUGUCGGUGUUCAGCAUCUUGUCAGGAAAUGGAGCGGCAUGGAUAGGGCGAUGGCUACAAUGACCCCAGCUCAGCAAGUGACAAAGGAGAAGAGAUGA